GCACGUACUACAAAUCUACCAACAAUAGCGAAUGAGACGUUGACCUGCGAAGUGGAAGUGGGCGAGUUUUACUAUCAACUCUUCUGCUUCAGGUUAUGUAUAAGGACUAUUGAAGAAACUUGGUUUUUUUUUACCCACAUUGGAAAGUAAUUUUUCGGAUUCUGUGUGUCGGUGAAGUAGAAAGAAAGAAAACUCUUCUUGACAAGUUGGGAAGUUCGUUACGUUUCGCAGAUGUGUGUGUGAUAUGAGCCACACUUUUCUAAAGCUGACACAUUACACAAACAUCACUGGAUCAUAGUCAAGGACGUGUGUGGAGUAUGUGGGCCAGUUGUUGUAACUGGCUCUGCCUGGACUCGCCCACUGUGGAGGAAAGCAGCAACCACAGAUCUAGCUCACGCCAUCAGGCGUAUACUAACUCAGGCUACAGCAGCUACCCAUCUCCUACAGCUCCCGAACACAUGUGUAAGGCUUGCGGAGGCCGUUUUGACGCUCUUGAAAGAAAGCAUGUAUGUGUAGACUGCAAAAAGAAUUACUGUAGCCGCUGCUCAGCUCAGUUAGAGCCUCAUCCGCGGCUGUGCCACACGUGUCAGCGUUUCCAUGGUACCAUGUUCGAGCGGGCGGAGCUGAUGAAGCUAAAAGUAAAGGACUUGAGGGACUACCUUCAUUUGCAUGAAAUCCCUACGCAAAUGUGCAGAGAGAAAGAGGAACUUGUGGAGCUGGUCCUUGGUCAGCAGACCCCUACCUCUGGUUCAUCCACACCAAGCGAGACACAUGCACACACACCUCUGUCUGAGCAGGAAAUGAUCUCUGAACCGACCACAGUCACUGAGCAACCCUCUGCAGGAAGUGGUGUCAUGACCGACCUGACUUCCCAGUCACAGACUGAAGGGGACGGGCAGAUUGAGUCAGUGGCAGAGGAGCCAAUUGAUGUUGAGGAGACAGAGCUUCAGAGGGCACAGGAAUGCCAGUCAACAGACUCGGAUGAGGCGUUGCCCUCAGGUAGGCGGGCAUCUCUCUCAGACAUCUCCUCAGUGGAGGAUAUCGAGGCUCUGAGUGUACGUCAGUUAAAAGAAAUCUUGGCCAGGAACUUCGUCAACUACAAGGGCUGUUGUGAAAAAUGGGAAUUGAUGGAGCGAGUCACACGCCUCUAUCAUGACUCGAAGGAUCUGCAGAACCUAGAUUCUUCAGCAGCAGCCACCCUGGAAGAAAACAUGUGUAAGAUCUGCAUGGACUCGCCAAUCGACUGUGUACUUCUGGAAUGUGGACACAUGGUCACGUGCACAAAGUGCGGCAAGCGCAUGAGCGAAUGCCCCAUCUGCAGACAGUAUGUGGUCCGGGCUGUGCAUGUUUUCCGAUCCUGAACCAGCGCAUCUUUUGGUUGGGGGAUGAAAAACUUUCCCGUUUUUUUCCUCUUUUUUAUAUAAACACUUUGCCCAAGGACGAGCCUUCUCUGCCCUGCUGCUUCAUUUGACCUUCCAGCAGCUGUUGAACUGUGAAUAAUGGAAAACUCGAUACACUAGCAAUAAUUUUUCUUGUGUCUUGUGUUUAGCAGGGUUUGCGGUUAUUAAAUUCUACAGUGCAUAGUUUGAAACUACUGCGCACAUACUACGGUGCUGGUACAUUACAUGGAAUUUUUAGAUUCAGGGUGUAGUGUUACAAAUAAAUAAAUGAUCUAAACCCUGUUACAGCUCCAGUUUAAACAAUUCAAAAUGACCAACAUUUAUCCACGCAAAAAUUCUGGUUAUGUGGAAGACAGCAACAUUAUAAGCUCUCCAAACUAAAACUUAAUUAACCUUCUCCAAAAGCAAGUACAAUAUCAGUAUUGCACUCCUGUCCAAGCAGAGCACAACACUGACACUCCCACAUCCCAUAAUGACAUCUGUAGGCUGCAUAGGGUCAAAUCUGAGUACACUUGUAUGACAAGCAUGAUGGAACACAGUGACAGUUUGACACGCCUGAAAAAUCACCAAAUCUCACACAGCAGGUUGCACUACAAUAGGUCCCACAAACUCCAGGUGAAUUUGAGCAUCCAGUCAGAGGAACCUAACAGGAAAUAUCUCAAGAUAUCCGAUUCUCACAGGACUGAUGUUAUUAAAAGCUAGGCAAGACGUAACCUAGUAUCCAGAAUGAAAUGAUGCAUACAACUUGUUUGUUUAUUCAUUUUCAUUUAGGUAACAGCAUUACUCUUGCUCCUCUCAUCUACUGCAGUGAAGAUACUCAGAAUUCAUCUUCAGAAGUCCAGAUUUAGGAUUAGGUUUAUGACUUAGAUGUUGCCAUUCAUUUGAGUGAUAAUUGAUUAAUAUUGGAUGCAUUCCAAGCAGAACCUUCAGAUUCACAAGCAAAGGUAAUGAAUUUGCUAUAAAACUACAGAAUCCCAGUGAGAUAUAUAUAUAUAUAUAUAUACACAUAUAUAUACCAUUUACAGACUUAUUUUUCAUUACAGAGUUAUUUUUCUAGAAAUGUUUCCAUUGCUUUACAAAAAUGAGUGAAGAUCAUCUGCCAUUUAAUAUUCCAUCAAGUGAAGAUUUCUGUAUCGAUGCAAAAUAUAAUAUAAUACAAUGUCACUUUGAGUAGCAGUUUAAUAGCUAAGAGAGUCUUCAGAUGGAUGAUGAAUGACGCACGCCCCCAUUUUAAGAAAAUGAGUGCAUAUAGAUAUACAACUAUGCUAACAAACAUGCCUUAAUGUUCUUUCUCUCUGAGGCCUUUUGUCUAAACCUGUAAAGUAACAACUAAAUUUGUGCUGCUAUACUCACUAUGUUAACUCUGUGUGACCUGAACAUGCAGAGGGUCUGCUCACUGUUUUGACUUUAAUGUCGCCUUUUACUGGUACUUGAUACUGAUCAAAGCUCACAGUAGACUCAGUUUUAAAUGAUGUGUGGCAUUGCAGUGCUCUCUGUGGGCUUCAGAAUAUCACAGUGCUACAUUGGCGUUAGAUUGGCAGAAUCUAACCGGGCUUUCACUGGAAGACCAUUGUACAGUUACAGCCUCUCGGCAAUAGGAACCGGUUGCAGGAAGUAGGUGAAAUAUUAGCAGCAUUUCAGCCCUAUGCACUGAUGCAAGUCUAGAUACUGUGCCAAAAUAAGAUUACAGUCUCUGUCUAUGGCACUCUACGGCUCUAAAUGACUGCUAAUACAUCUCAAUGCCUUCAGAUUUCCCAGAUUAGUGGAAAUUGAUCAUGAAAGUCAUUUAUACUGAAGUACUUUUGGGACCGAGAGCGCUGAAACAGAAAUGUGCCUUUAACAUGUUGCAGAGCUUAGCAAAGUCUGAGAUGUGUUUUUGUUUUUUUUAAUUGAAACCUUUAUGAGAAACCUUUACAUGACAGCACCUUAAAUCAUGACAGAUAUUGUAUGAUAACUGUUUGGUUGGUUGUUUUGUUUGUUUUUAACUAAUAAACCUUUCUGCAUCUCAAAGGGCUGUUCCAAAAUGUUCAGUUGUUCGUCUUCGGGUCACUUUUAAUAUCUGCUGUUGGUACGGUCCAGGGACCAGCACGGUUCUCAGAUGCUGUAGAAUAGCCAGUGCUAUUGUUACUGAUCGAAUAAAAAACAAUUUGUAACUUAA